AGCCGGCCGUGACCGCGGAGACGCCGGACGCGCCAUUGCAAGUUAGCCGCAGAAACAACCAUAACCUCCAAGUGUCUCUGCUGAACUGUUUAUUUCUUUGCUUGCUGCCCCGUCUUUUGAAAUGUCGACCGAUUUUUACAUUCGGUACUACGUAGGGCACAAAGGUAAAUUUGGGCACGAGUUCUUGGAGUUUGAAUUCAGACCGGACGGCAAGUUGCGGUACGCCAACAACUCCAACUACAAAAAUGACACGAUGAUCAGGAAAGAAGCUUACGUUCACAAGUGUGUCAUGGAUGAGCUGAAGAGGAUCAUCGUUGAUUCUGAAAUCAUGCAAGAAGAUGACUCUCUCUGGCCGCAACCAGAUCGCGUCGGAAGACAGGAGCUGGAAAUCGUUAUAGGCGACGAACACAUCUCAUUCACAACGUCCAAGACCGGGUCCUUGGUGGACGUCAAUCAAUCCCGUGAUCCCGACGGACUUCGUUGCUUCUAUUACUUAGUACAAGAUUUGAAGUGUUUGGUGUUCUCUCUAAUUGGUCUGCACUACAAGAUCAAGCCCAUCUAAUAUGUAGUGUAUGAUUUCAUCGUAUUUGAACAUUUCAAGUCGCUGUUCUCAAGUUUCAGCCAAGUGACUAAAAUCAGCGUUAGCUGAUUCAUAACAUUUUUAAUGAUUGAAUUUGAUGUAGAUGUUACUCAGUAUUUCUUUUAUUUUGUUAACCAGUAACAUCAAUGUCUUUAGCCGCUUAUUAUGUUGUAUCAUGGGGAUCUUUCUCUGUAUGUGUAAAAUUUCUCAAAUAAGCCUCCCUACCGUCUGUGCCUAGACAUUGCGAGUUGUCUAUAAUAAGAUAAACAAAACAAGUCAAGUUUUAUGGCCAGUUAUUAUUUACAAUUUAUGUACAGUCAUCAAUAAAUAAGUCAAACUCUUAAAACAAA